AUGGAAGAUGAUCAAGAAUAUGUAAAGCUAAAUGUCGGUGGAGCAUUAUUUCAGACAACAUUGGCUACUCUUAAAAAGCAGGAUACAAUGUUGAGAGCAAUGUUUAGCGGGCGAAUGCAGGUAAAGCGUGAUGAUCAAGGAUGGGUUCAUAUUGAUCGAAAUGGACGACAUUUUGGACUGAUUCUCGAUUAUUUGAGGGAUGGAAGUGUACCGUUGCCUGAUUGCAAAAUGGAAGUUGAACAAAUUCGAAAUGAGGCGAUAUUCUUCCUCGUUCAAGGACUUCAAUCGGAAUGCGAAGAAUGGAUUCAACAACAGACGCUGAAAGCAGCUCAUCGUGAUGAUAGUGUGUGCUCCAUAAUGACUGUAACCUCGAAAGAAGAAGCCGAUCGCGUAAUAGCAACUUCUAAUAAACCGACUAUAAAGCUUCUUCUUAAUCGUCAUAAUAACAAAUUCUCAUAUACAGCCCAAGCUGAUGACCAUUUUAUGAAAAAUUUAGAACUAUUCGAAAGACUUGCCGUGAAGUUUCAUCAUCGAAUAUUUUUUGUUAAAGAUAAUGGAUAUGAUUCUCCUGAAGUUUGUCAAUGGCAAUUCUAUGGUGAUGGAGUUUUAAGAGGGCAAGUUUGCUGUACUUCAAUAGUCUACGCUCCUGAUCGAAAACAGACAAAGAUGAUUCACGCGAUUGCAAGAAGAACACUUUCAAAUUGUCGUGGAAUUGUUUCAAGGUUAUCAUCAACUUUCUCGAAAUUGCCAGAGUUUGAAGAAGAAUAUUACGAAGAUCAUUUGGAAGAAUCCACGACACAACAGAUUGAAAAAAUAACUCCAUCGACGUCGUCUGAUUCAAACCUUGAAAAUGUCGUAAAAACUUUGAAUGAUCAGAAGGCGAAAGAUGUGGUCGUCGUAGACACAAACCAUUUAUUGUCGCCUUAUAAUUAUCAGAUUGUUUGUUCUGCCUUCAACUCUCGUCAGGCUUCUGCUAUAUCUGAGAAUAUGCGAAGUUUGCUGAAGAAUGAAGGCACUAUUCCAACAGCCCACGCAAAAACAAUUUCAAGGAAAAGUAAUGGUUGGUAUAUAUGUAAUUUGGAUGAUAUUCAAGUUCACGUGAUGAGUGAAGAAUGCAGAGAAAGAUACGCCUUGGAAAUGCUAUGGAUGGAAGAUGAACAAAUUUCUGAAGAAGUUGAAGCUGAAAACGAUUAUCUAAUUCCAAAACCGAAAGAAAGUUCUUAA